CUAUAAAGCAUGAUCUGACGACAAUGGGAUCUGACUACAUUAUGCAGGUCGACGUCGCAAAAUUGAAAAAAAUGGCGGCAACUCUGCAAGCGCCGAAGGCGAACACGAUCACUUUGAAGGGAUCUAGUGAAAAAGUUUCGGAGUUUUUCUCAUUCGGCAUCAACAGUUUGCUUUACCAGCGAGGUAUCUACCCUCCUGAAACGUUCACCAGAAAACAGAAGUAUGGCCUGACGCUGUUUAUGUCAACAGACAAGGCACUGCAAGAUUAUCUGGAAAAUGUGCUCAGACAGCUCAACAAGUGGUUGAAUGAGAAGACAGUUCAGAAGGUGGUAGUUGUAAUCACAGAAGUAGAAUCAGGGGAAGUCCAGGAGAGAUGGCAGUUUGACAUCCAGUGUGACAAAUCAAUGACACAUGAGAGUCAACCAAGAGAAAAGUCCAAUGCGGAAAUCAACAAGGAGAUCAAGGCUGUCAUCACCCAAAUCACAGCCACCGUCACCUUUCUGCCACUCUUAGCCAAUCCAUGCACAUUCAACAUCCUGAUCUACACCGACAAGGACAUGGCCAUGCCGGAGCAGUGGGAGGAGUCGGGUCCAUCACUGAUCACAAACUCACAAGAAGUCAAGCUGCGCAGCUUUGCCACGUCAAUACAUAAGAUAGAUGCAGCUGUGUCUUACAAGGAUGACGGAAUGUGAGACAAAGACGACUGUGGCUCACUCUUCCAAACAAAGCAAAGUUCUGAAAAGCGUCUUUGGUGACAAGCAGUAGAGGGAAUUCUUUGGCACUCAACCUGUAGCAUCGCAUCCACUGUGAAUGUAUGUGUCUUUAGAAAUCCCAGUGCUUUUGCAAUAUGAUGUAACAAUUAAAGCAUAGUGAUGUCAUGAAAAUUUUAUUUCAAGCCAAGUCAAUCAUAAAAGCCAUGUCAAAUCCACAACUCUCCAUAACUGCCCAAAUGUGACCGGCUCCACAAAAAUGGGUAUUGUGGAACUUUUUUUUCAAAAUGAGUUACAUGCACAUUUGAAUUGGUUACAUUA